AUGAUAAAAAUAAACUUUAUCUUGAAACGCAUAAAUCAUUUGGAUAUUGUUUCAGGAUUUCAAGAAAGAAAUAAAAAGUAUAUAGAACUUUCCACACAAAGAAAUGGUGUCUAUUUUACAACUACUGAAAUGAAAGAUUUGAAUGAAAAAUAUGAAGAAUUAGAUCUUCAAUAUGCAGAAGAACAAAGUUCUUUGGAAAAGGAGGUUUUACUUGUUGCAGCAACUUAUUGUUCUGUAUUGGAAAAGAUGAAUGAAUUAAUAGCACAUAUUGAUGUUAUCGUUAGUUUUUCAAGUGUGUCAAUUAAUGCCCCUAUGCCAGUUGAUUUAUGGGUUGAUAAAUAUUAUAAAGAUAAAAAUAAAAAAAUUAAGCCUACUCCAGAAUUUCGUUCAAAUAUACGAAUAGUAUUUGCAG